AGGAGGAGGACGCCAUUGCAGCCGGCUGCCUCAGAUUCGUCCCGACAGCGAUACUUUAAAGUUAUUAUCCGUGUUGUUUCUCCCCCGUUUCCGUCCUCCGGGGUUCCAGUGAGGAGUAACCCCGGCCGGAUGGAGGUUUCUCCUCCGGGCAGCAGCGCAGACAUGCGGAGCCGCGCUGCCGAGCAGACCCAGUCUCCUGCCGUCGCAUCACCCGUCCGGUGGCCCCGUCUGUCACCAUGAACGCCAGCAGGAACUGCACCCUGGUGGGGAAUGGCGAGGGCCUGGCCGCCCUGGAGUCGGUCUCCAUCGUGACCAUCACGCUCCUCGCCGGCCUGGGGAACCUGCUGAUCGUGGCGACCCUCUAUCGCAGGCCGUACCUGCUCACGCCCAGCAACAAGUUCGUGUUCAGCCUGACGGCGUCCAACAUGCUGCUGUCGGUGCUGGUGCUGCCGUUCGUGGCCGUGAGCUCAGCCAAGAGGGAGUGGGUGUUCGGGGUGGUGUGGUGCAACUUCACCGCCCUGCUCUACCUCCUCAUCAGCUCGGCCAGCAUGCUCACCCUCGGCGCUAUUGCAAUUGACAGGUACUACGCCGUGCUGUACCCGAUGAUCUACCCCAUGAAGAUCACGGGCAACCGUGCCGUGGUGGUCAUCGCCUACGUGUGGCUGCACUCGCUGGUCGGCUGCCUCCCUCCUCUCUUCGGAUGGUCCUCCUUCGAGUUCGACUGCUUCAAGUGGACGUGCGUAGCCGCCUGGCACCGGGAGCCGGGCUACACGGCCUUCUGGGUGGCCUGGUGCGUCCUCCCGCCACUCUUCAUCAUGCUGGCCUGCUACGGCGUCAUCUUCCGCGUCGCCCGCAUGAAAGCCCGCAAAGUCCACUGCGGGACGGUCAUCGUGGCCCAGGACGAGUCGGCGGGAUCUCAGAAGAACGGACGCAAGAACUCGAGCACCUCGACGUCGUCGAACGGCAGCCGGCGGAGCCUGGUGUACGCGGGGAGCCAGUGCAAGGCCCUGGUCACCAUCCUGGUGGUGAUCGGCACCUUCCUGGUGACGUGGGGGCCGUACGCCGGGGUGGUGUGCACCGAGGCCCUGUGGGGCCAGGGCAGCGUGUCCCAGGGGCUGGAGACCCUGGUGGCGUGGCUGUCCUUCUGCAGCGCCGUGUGCCACCCGCUCAUCUACGGCCUGUGGAAUAAGACUGUGAGGAAGGAGCUGCUGGGGAUGUGCUUCGGGGACCGGUACUACAGAGAGUCCUUCGCCACGCGGCACAGAACGUCCCGUCUCUUCAGCAUCUCCAACAGAAUUACAGACUUGGGCAUGUCCCCACACCUGACCGCCAUGCUGGCCGGUGGAGGACAUCUGCUGGCCCCGGGGAGCAGCACAGGAGACACCGGCUUCAGCUUCACUCAGGACUCAGGCACAGAUGUAAUGCUGCUGGAUUACUCCUCCGCAGACGUGUCCUCUCCCCCACUGAAUCAUGGGAAUCCGUCCGGGAAGAGGAGGAGCUCGGUCACCUUUGAAGACCAGGUGGAGCAAUCCAAAGCUGAAAACGCGUCAUCCAUCCAAGUCCACGCAGACGUCCACAAGUCUCUCGACACGUUUGCGUCCUGCUUGGCGAAAGCCAUCGAGAACGACGCCAAGCUCACGCUGUUCGGGGAGAGUCUGGCGAUGCAGGCGGUGCUGUCUGCGACCAGGGCGGCGCAGAGACCCCGGUACCUGGACGGCCAGAGACUGAGGCUGGAGAGCAUCGAUGAAGGGAUCGUCAAGGACGACAGAGAGGAGGAAGAGGUGGACGUGGAGGACAAACCUGUCUGAACACAGCAGCUCCUUUCACAAAACAUUUUUGUCCGAGGCCUCGCGGGUCUCUGCGGUACCGCUGAAGAAGUCUGAACUUCCUACAUACGUCUGUACUUGAAAUUAUUAGAAGAGGCACAUUACUCAUUCCACAAGGUUGGACCAGGUAAACAUUUGUAUAAUUUAUGUAAUCAUAGGAAACCUAAACUACUGUUACCUAAAUUGUUGGGUUGUUUUUAUAUGUUUUUUAUUUUAUUAUUAUCGUAUAUUUUCUAAUCAACAUCCUGCAUUGGUGCUGUCACGUGAAAAUUAUACAUCUUUUUUAUUUUGUCUUUUAAAGACUCAAUAUUCCAUCUCUCUUCCUAAAAAUCCUGUUUCAUUGAGAAAAGUAGGUUUCAUGUGUAGGCACAUUUUUGAAGG